UCAUUUCCGGAAUAACGCACCAAUAAGCGAGUCGUGCGCGCGCCAACGUGUUGACGCAACACCGGAUGCGGAACUAAAUGAGCCGCAUAAACAACAACACAGCGGCAUUAAGAUGGUGUACGUGUCCAACGGUCAAGUCCUGGACAGUAGGACACGGUCGCCAUGGAGUCUGUCUUUCCUUAGCGAUCUCUUUUGGGGUGUAGUGGAGUUCGUUGGCCUCUUCUUUCAGACCCUCAUCCAGCCAGAUGUGUCAAAAGAUGGAAAUCCAAGUUCAAUGUCACGCUUCAGUGAUGGAAGAGGUCCUCCAGGUUUUCCUGGGCGGAGACGUAUGGGCAGGAUAAACCAUGGUGGAGGCCCAAGUCCUCCUCCAAUGGGUGGUGGUGGAUGAGGAAGGUAAAUGCCUGCACUUGAUUGCAGGCAUAGAGGGGUGUGAUGUGUUGAUCCGUGACUGAGCACUGUUCUUAUGAGCUUUCCAACUCAGAGAGCCAGACCAGUGAGAAUGUCUUGGAUGAACACACACAAACAUACCCUUCAUCGUCAUGCUGCUUCUGCAUUGCAGAUUUUUGAUGCUGCUCUGGGAAUUCCUACUCUUAGGGGCCAGAGUGGUUGAACUUGGCAGCAAUGCUUUCUUUCUUUCUUUCUUUCCUUUUUUUUAAAAAAAAAAUAAAGCUACAUGCUGAAGGAUGUGGUAAAAGGUGUAUGAAUUUCAGAGUGUUGUUAUUAAAGUAAAAGUUGUCAUGGAUUGUCAA